ACCGUUCUAGCGACGUACUUCGCCCUGCAUCAUCUUCUUUUGCAAUCAGAAAAGAUGAUGACUGAAGAGGCGUUUCAAGUGAUAGUGGUUGGUUCUUGCAUGACUGACUUGGUCAGCCAGUCACCAAGGCUACCUAAAGAAGGGGAAACCAUCCAUGGUCAUAACUUUUUCAUUGGCUUCGGAGGAAAAGGGGCCAACCAAUGCAUACAAGCUGCAAGACUGGGAGCUAAAACUGCAAUGGUCGCCAAGGUUGGUAAAGACUCCUUUGGAGACAGUUAUAUUCAGAAUUUCAAGGACAAUGGCGUUCACACAGGCUUUGUUGGACAGACCUCAUGUGCAGCUACAGGUGUUGCCUCGAUCGUUGUCACCGAUGAAGGUCAGAAUGCCAUUGUGAUUGUGGCUGGUGCCAAUAUGCUGCUGACCAAGAACGAGCUUCGGGAUGCUCUUCCAGCUAUCCGUUCUGCAAAAGUACUGGUUUGCCAGCUUGAGAUUGCACCAGAAAUGUCUUUGCAGGCAUUGCACAUGGCUAAAGAGAAUAAAGUGACUACAAUAUUCAACCCGGCGCCGGCUAUCCCCAAUUUAGAUCCUGAUUUCUAUCGACUUUCUGAUGUGUUUUGCUGCAAUGAGUCUGAGGCUGAGCUGCUGACAGGUUCAUCAGUAAAUAACGUGGAGGAGGCGAAUCACGCCGGCCGGGAGCUGCUAAAGCGAGGAUGCAGGACAGUCAUUAUCACCUUGGGAGCCCAAGGAUGUGUGGUGCUCAAAGCACAAGAGUCUACCUCGAAACAUGUUCCAGCAACGCCAGUCACUGCAGUAGACACCACAGGUGCUGGAGAUAGUUUCAUUGGAGCACUAGCAUUUUACAUGGCUCAUUAUCCCAAAAUGGAACUGCAGGAAGUGGCCCGAAGAGCAGGUCAUGUGGCUGCCUUGAGUGUGCAGGCCAUGGGCACACAGUCGUCGUAUCCACAUAAACGGGAUUUAGCAGCUGAGCUCUUUUGAGAGCAGGUGUUUUUACCGAUGGCUCUCACUUUACAAAUGAACUCUCAUUUUAAUGAGUGUACUGCUUUUGAGCAAUCUGAACUAAUGACUUAACUGUGCCAACAGAACUGAACAAAAUCACCUUAACAUUAUUUGAAUGUACAACUGGGCAAGUUGAAGUAACACACAUUUAAUUGAAUACAUUUAUUUGGAAUAGAUUUGCUGUGUAAAUUUGUGACAUGAACACACAACUAACAUUGUAAUGUACUUAUGUGAUUAUAGAUUGUUCUAAUUUAAAUUGUGGUUGAAUAAUUAAAAAAUAUGACUGACUUAUUAAUGACACAAUUUACAAUAUGUACUUUUACACAUAUGCAAGUUUGUUUGUUUUUUGUUGUAGUGUUUUUUGGGGGGUGGGACUAAUACAGUGUUCCAGCCCUGAUGUUUUCUUCUCAACAUUGCAGGUUUGUUGUCCUUGUGUUGAAGUCAAUUUUAGAUGGAUCGAAUCUUCCUCUUCUCAAAGAAUAGGACAUGCUUAUUCACUGUAAGAAGAAAAAGUUGAAAUUUUGGUUGAAAAUAAAUGAUGUGAAUAAAACUUGACAUUAACCAAAUUAGCUAACAUAAGAGCUUUUGGAUCAAUACCCAGAUCUGUUCUACUCAUGUGUAAACCUUGUCAUGACACACUAACUAGUAAUGCAGGAGAAAAUGAAUCGAUGCUCAAACAACAUUAGAAGAAGCAGUAGGUAGAACAGCUGUGCUGCUCUCGAAAACAUGGAAACCAAAGACGUCAGUGGAUUUAAUGACCAGGACAACGCUGAAUAAAUGUGAAUAUCCCAAACCAAAUAUUCCAGACCUUGUUUUGGCACAAGCAGUAUUUUCGUCUCUGUGUACAGUGGUAUGAAAAAGUAUCUGAACCUUUUGGAAUUUCUCAGAUUUCUGCAUAAAAUCCCCAUGAAAUGUGAUCUGAUCUUUGUCAAAAUCAAACAGAUGUAAAAACAGUGUCUGCUUCAACUAAAACCAGCCAAAAAUGGAACAGCUCACCAACAUUAACACCUCAUCCCCACCGUAAAGCAUGGUGGAGAGAACAUCAUGAUUUAGAGCCAUUUUGCUACCCCACGGCCUGGACAACUUGCAAUCAAUAAUGAAAGAAUGAAUUCAAACGUUUAUCAGGAUGUUUUGUAGGAAAAUCUGAGGCCAUCUGUCAGACAGUUGAAGCUAAAAAGAGGAUGGAAGCUGCAACAAGACAAUGAUCCAAAACACAGAAGUAAAUCAACUUCAGAAAGGUUUCAGGACAACAAAAUACACAUUCUGCAGUGGCCAAGUCAAAGUCCAGACUUGAACGCCAUUGAGAUGCUGUUGCAUGGCCUAAAGACAGCGAUUCAUGCCAGACUUCUCAGGAAUCUGACUGAACUACAGCAGUUUUGUAGAGAAGAAUGGGCCAAGAUUAGUCCUGAUCGAUGUGCCAGACUGAUCUGCAGCUACAGGAAGCGUCUUGGUUGAAGUUAUUACCGCCAAAGAGGGGGGCCACAAAAUAUUGAAUGUGAUGGUUCACUUACUUAUUUUCCCCCCCCUCUAUCAUUGUUUGCAUACUACCCUCAUUAAAAUAUGAAAACCUUUAAUAAAUGUUUGGGUGGUUUUAGUUAAAGCAGACACAGAGAUCAGAUCAUAU